AUGGUUAGUUUUGAUGUCGAUAAUUUAUACACAAAUGUUCCUGUUCAUGAAGCUAUAGAGAUUACUCUUGACAUGUUAUUUAAAAGGCCUACUCCACCUCCGAUACCUUUUACUCGUCCACAAUUAAAACGAUUAUUAGAAAUUGCUGUAUGUGGCAUUCCAUUCAGAUUUCUUGAUAAAAUAUAUAUACAAAUCGACGGAGUAGCAAUGGGAUCACCUUUAGGACCAAUAUUAGCUGAUUUAUUUAUGUCAAAUAUUGAGCAAAAACUAAAUAAAUUCUCAACAAAUAAACCAUUAGUAUGGAUUAGAUAUGUAGAUGAUAUAUUUUACAUUUUUAAAAAACAACAAAAUAUUAAUGAUUUCUUAAUGAGAAUUAAUAAGUGGCACCCGAAUAUAGAAUUUAUAAUUGAACGAAAAAUGUAA